UUGCCCCUGCUUUUCAACCGCAGCGCAGCCAUCCCCCCGUCCUCCGCCCCACUCGGCACUCGCCAGUCGCCACUACCAGCCCGGCCGUUCCCACCUCUUUCUCCGACGACCCUCUCCCACUUUGGUUUCGUUGCGUUGCGUGCGUCUCGCUUCCUUCCUUCCACACUUGUCCCCCCCGUCACAGCUAGCUCCAUCAGAUUUUUCUUCCAACGGUGCACGAACCCAGCAUGGAGCGGGGGGGUCUUCUAGGCGGCGGCCGCCGGCUCCAGGGCGCAGCGUCGGCGCCGGCGAGCGGCGGGGAGGGGCACGGCUCCGGCUCGAGCCCGGACGCGAUGCGGAUAAUGGUGGGCGUGCUGGUGGCGGUCAUCGCCUGCACGCUGCUCUACUGCGUCUACUGCUGGCGGUGGCGGAAGCGCAACGCCAUCCGGAGGUCCCUGCUGGACAGCCUGUGGCCGCGGUCGAGCUCGGACCUGCCGCUCAUGGACCUCGCCUCCAUCCUCGCCGCCACCGGCAACUUCUCCAAGGCCAACAAGCUCGGCGAGGGCGGCUUCGGCCCCGUCUACAGAGGCGUGCUGAGCGGCGGGUCGGAGAUCGCGGUGAAGCGGCUGUCGGCGCGGUCGCGGCAGGGGGCGGCGGAGUUCCGGAACGAGGUGGAGCUGAUCGCCAAGCUGCAGCACCGGAACCUGGUGCGGCUGCUGGGCUGGUGCGCCGAGCGGGACGAGAAGCUGCUCGUCUACGAGUACCUCCCCAACCGCAGCCUCGAUGCCUUCCUCUUCGACCCGAGCAAGAGCGCGCAGCUGGGGUGGAGCACCCGGCACAAAGUCAUCGUCGGCAUCGCCCGCGGCCUGCUCUACCUCCACGAGGACUCGCUGCUCAAGGUCGUGCACCGGGACCUCAAGGCCAGCAACGUGCUCCUCGACCACAAGAUGAGCCCCAAGAUCUCCGACUUCGGCAUGGCCAAGAUCUUCGAGGACGACGCCGACGCCAUCAACACCGGCCGCGUCGUCGGAACAUACGGGUACAUGGCGCCGGAGUUCGCCUUGGAGGGCAUCUUCUCGGUCAAGUCCGACGUGUUCAGCCUCGGGGUCCUCCUCCUCGAGAUCUUGAGCGGGCAGCGCAACGGCGCCCUGUACCUGGAGGAGCACCAGCAAUCCCUCAUCCAAGAUGCAUGGAAGCUGUGGACCGAGGACCGCGCGGGCGAGUUCAUGGACACGUCGCUGGGGCGCUUGUACUCGAGGGACGAGGCGUGGCGGUGCUACCACGUCGGCCUGCUCUGCGUGCAGGAGAACCCGGACGCCCGGCCCACCAUGUCCAGCGUCCUGCUCAUGCUCAUCAGCGACCACACCAAGCUCCCGGAGCCAGCCAUGCCGCCGCUCUUCACGCGCCUCAGGAACGUCCCCUCGUCGGCGGUGCCGCUCACCACCAAGACCGAGUCGACCAUGUCUCCCCAGUCGAUCAACGACGUGUCCAUCACCAUGAUCGAGCCACGAUGAGCUUCCUCUUCUUCGAUCACUAGCUAGGUAGGUGUGCUUGCGUAGGUGUCCGCUGGUGAUUUUGCCGUUCUCGAAAUGGAGUGAUAUUGGCCUUGCGUUGCUCGAAGUGUAAUUAAGAGUGCGAUCAUUUUAGAAUGAGCGAUGACAUGUAACUAAGUUCUUAUUGUGUGCACAAGUGCUUUGACAAGUUUCAGAAAUGUGGACAGCAGACAGCGAGUGGCGAGUAGGGAGAGGAAAGCAGACUCGCCUUCUUCGGGUAUGGAUGUCAAGGCACACACAUGUGACCUUCGGCCAUUGGUACCCUGCUGGAAGAAACGGGAGACCUGAAAAGAAGGCGGUGCUUUA